GCCGCUCAUGUGAUCGGUCACGUGCUUGUUGUUGUCACGUGACUGAGCGCCCUGUCUAUGGUGGUUAGAGAUGAGCGUCUCGGUGGACAUUAGGCUGAAGAGAGCCAAUAAAGUGUACAAUGAAGGGGAGGUCCUGAGUGGUGUGGUGGUGCUGCAAUGUAAGGAGCCCCUCCCUCACCAUGGCAUCCUCCUGAGCAUGGAGGGCCUGGUCAACCUGCAGCUUAGCUCCAAGAGCGUGGGCGUCUUUGAGGCCUUCUACAACUCCGUCAAGCCCAUCUCCCUCCUGAGCAGCAGCAUCGAGGUGGCUCGCUCGGGGAAGAUCCCUGGAGGAAAGACCGAGAUCCCAUUUGAAUUCCCGCUCCAGGCCAAAGGCAACAAGGUCCUGUACGAGACCUACCACGGGGUCUUUGUCAACAUACAGUAUACCCUGCGCUGUGAUGUAAAGCGCCCCCUCCUGGCCAAAGACCUGAGCCGCACCUGUGAGUUCAUCGUGCACUGUCAGCCUCAGAAAGCCAAAGUGUCUCCAUCUCCCGUUUCCUUCAGCAUCACCCCGGACACUUUGCAGAACAGCAGAGAGAGGGACACGCUGCCCAAGUUCCUGAUCCGAGGACAUCUGGAUGCCACGUGCUGUGUGGUCAGUCAGCCUCUGAGUGGAGAAGUGGUGGUGGAGCAUUCGGACAUACCCAUCAAGAGCAUAGAGUUGCAGCUGGUGCGGGUGGAGACCUGCGGAUGUGCGGAGGGCUAUGCCAGAGAUGCCACAGAGAUCCAGAACAUCCAGAUUGCAGAGGGCGACGUGUGCCACGGCCUGCCCAUCCCAGUCUACAUGGUAUUCCCCCGCCUCUUCACCUGCCCCACCCUGGAGACUACAAACUUCAAAGUUGAGUUUGAAGUGAACAUCGUCAUCGUGCUUCAGGAUGACCAUCUCAUCACAGAAAAUUUCCCACUCAAACUGUGCAGAGUCUGACUGGCUGGAUCAGUCAAGAUGGACUGAGAUGGGCAUGAGGAGACACAGGAGGACAGUUCAGCAGUGGGCCCAGGAGGACUCACUACAAUUCUGACCUCCAACCAUUCCACUCCUAGUUUAGGGUUUGUACAGAAAAAAACAAGAGUCAAUAAUAGAACUUUUAGCUAUGUAUUUUUGUGUUUUUAAUAAACAAUGUAAAAUGAAGUACAAGAAUGUUAAAAUAAAGAAGAACUAUUAUUG